CUUGAAAAUUGAUUUUUUUUUUCUUAUUUGUCUGUUUCUGCUGACAAACAAAAGACACAAUCCAUUAUUCCAAGCUGCUGAAAAAGAACCGUCAAAUUGCCAGUAAUCCAUGCUGAAGAGGCUCCAUUCAUACAGAUGAACCAAGGGUUGAAGCAGCACUUUAAACCCAGAUAGUCGGUCGGCUAACUGCCCAGCAGGAUGCCAUCAACCAGCCGAGCGGGCAGCCUGAAGGACCCAGAAAUUGCAGAGCUCUUCUUCAAAGAAGAUCCAGAAAAGCUCUUCACAGACCUCCGAGAGAUUGGCCAUGGAAGCUUCGGAGCAGUUUAUUUUGCACGUGAUGUGCGCACCAAUGAAGUGGUGGCCAUCAAGAAAAUGUCAUAUAGUGGGAAGCAGUCAAAUGAGAAAUGGCAGGAUAUUAUUAAGGAAGUCAAGUUCCUCCAAAGAAUAAAACACCCUAACAGUAUAGAAUACAAAGGCUGCUAUUUGCGGGAGCAUACAGCAUGGCUUGUUAUGGAAUAUUGUUUAGGAUCAGCGUCAGACUUAUUAGAAGUUCAUAAAAAGCCAUUGCAAGAAGUGGAAAUAGCAGCAAUUACCCAUGGUGCUCUCCAGGGAUUAGCAUAUUUGCAUUCUCACAAUAUGAUCCAUAGAGAUAUCAAGGCAGGAAACAUCCUGCUGACAGAGCCAGGACAGGUGAAGCUUGCUGACUUUGGAUCUGCUUCCAUAGCCUCUCCUGCCAAUUCAUUUGUGGGGACGCCAUAUUGGAUGGCCCCAGAAGUAAUUUUAGCCAUGGAUGAAGGGCAGUAUGAUGGCAAAGUAGAUGUUUGGUCUCUUGGAAUUACCUGUAUUGAGUUAGCGGAAAGGAAGCCUCCUUUGUUUAAUAUGAACGCAAUGAGUGCCUUAUAUCACAUAGCGCAGAAUGAAUCCCCUACACUACAGUCUAAUGAAUGGUCUGAUUAUUUCCGAAACUUCGUAGAUUCUUGCCUCCAGAAAAUUCCUCAAGACAGGCCUACAUCAGAGGAGCUUCUGAAGCACAUGUUUGUUCUUCGGGAGCGGCCCGAAACAGUGUUAAUAGACUUGAUUCAGAGAACAAAGGAUGCAGUGAGAGAACUGGACAAUCUGCAAUAUCGUAAAAUGAAGAAGCUCCUCUUCCAGGAGGCACACAAUGGCCCUGCGGUUGAAGCACAGGAGGAGGAGGAGGAACAAGAUCAUGGUGUUGGCAGGACAGGAACAGUGAAUAGUGUCGGAAGUAAUCAGUCCAUUCCCAGUAUGUCUAUCAGUGCCAGUAGCCAAAGCAGUAGUGUUAACAGUCUUCCAGAUGCCUCAGAUGAUAAGAGUGAGCUGGAUAUGAUGGAGGGAGACCACACCGUGAUGUCAAAUAGCUCUGUCAUUCAUUUAAAGCCGGAGGAAGAAAACUACAGAGAAGAAUCAGAUCCUCGAACAAGGGCAUCAGAACCCCAGUCUCCUCCCCAAGUGUCUCGGCACAAGUCUCAUUAUCGCAACCGGGAGCACUUUGCUACUAUACGCACAGCAUCGCUGGUGACGAGGCAAAUGCAGGAACAUGAACAAGACUCUGAACUCCGAGAGCAAAUGUCUGGCUAUAAACGCAUGAGACGGCAACACCAGAAGCAACUGAUGGCAUUAGAGAAUAAACUGAAGGCGGAGAUGGACGAGCAUCGCCUCAGGUUGGACAAAGAUCUUGAAACACAGCGUAACAAUUUUGCUGCAGAAAUGGAAAAGCUAAUUAAAAAGCACCAAGCGGCCAUGGAAAAAGAGGCUAAAGUGAUGGCCAAUGAAGAAAAGAAAUUUCAGCAGCAUAUUCAGGCCCAACAGAAAAAAGAACUGAACAGUUUCCUGGAGUCCCAGAAGAGAGAAUAUAAGCUGCGUAAAGAGCAGCUGAAAGAGGAGCUGAAUGAAAACCAGAGCACUCCAAAGAAGGAGAAGCAGGAGUGGCUCUCCAAGCAGAAGGAGAAUAUCCAGCAUUUCCAGGCAGAGGAGGAAGCCAACUUACUGAGGCGUCAGAGACAGUACUUGGAGCUGGAGUGCCGCCGCUUUAAGAGACGGAUGCUCCUUGGCCGCCAUAACCUGGAGCAGGACCUGGUUCGGGAGGAGUUGAACAAAAGGCAGACACAGAAGGAUCUGGAGCACGCCAUGCUGCUGCGUCAGCACGAGUCCAUGCAGGAGCUGGAGUUCCGCCACCUCAGUACCAUCCAGAAGAUGCGCUGUGAGCUGAUCCGACUCCAGCACCAAACGGAGCUCACCAACCAGCUGGAAUACAACAAGCGCCGAGAGCGGGAGCUGCGGCGUAAGCACGUCAUGGAGGUUCGGCAGCAGCCCAAGAGCCUGAAGUCAAAAGAACUACAGAUAAAGAAGCAGUUUCAGGAUACAUGCAAGAUUCAAACCAGACAGUACAAAGCACUGAGAAACCAUCUGCUGGAGACCACGCCAAAGAGUGAACAUAAAGCUGUCCUCAAACGGCUCAAGGAGGAGCAGACCCGGAAGCUGGCUAUCCUGGCCGAGCAGUAUGAUCACAGCAUUAAUGAAAUGCUCUCUACACAAGCUCUGCGUUUGGACGAGGCACAGGAAGCAGAGUGCCAGGUUUUGAAGAUGCAGCCUAUGCUGAAUGCAUAUCAGAGUAAAAUCAAGAUGCAGGCAGAAGCCCAGCAUGAUCGGGAGCUGCGUGACCUUGAGCAGAGGGUAUCCCUCCGCCGGGCCCUCCUUGAGCAGAAGAUUGAGGAGGAGAUGCUGGCAUUGCAAAACGAGCGUACCGAACGGAUACGAAGCCUGCUGGAGCGUCAAGCUCGCGAGAUCGAAGCCUUUGACUCAGAAAGCAUGAGGCUAGGUUUUAGUAAUAUGGUUCUUUCUAAUCUCUCCCCCGAGGCGUUCAGCCACAGCUACCCGGGAGCUUCUGGCUGGUCCCACAAUCCUACUGGGGGCGCAGCACCUCACUGGGGUCAUCCCAUGGGUGGCCCACCACAAGCUUGGGGCCAUCCAAUGCAAGGUGGACCUCAGCCAUGGGGUCACCCCUCGGGGCCCAUGCAGGGGGUACCUCGAGGUAGUGCUAUAGGGGUCCGCAACAGCCCCCAGGCUCUGAGGCGGACAGCUUCUGGGGGACGGACGGAACAGGGCAUGAGCAGGAGCACAAGUGUUACUUCACAAAUAUCCAAUGGUUCACACAUGUCUUAUACAUAACUUAAACAAUAACUGAGGGUGGCAAUUCCACUGGAGCUGUCUGCCAACAGAAACUGCCUACAGACACCAGCCCAGCAGCCUCCUCAGUGCGGUGCUGACGUGUGGAAGCUGGGUGCACAUGGAAUAUUGUAUUCAUUUUGUAAAGCAUUAUGUUUUGUGUUUACUAACUGGGAUGUCAUAGUAUUUGGCUGCAGGGUUGGGAGGGUUGGUUUUUGUUUGUUUGUCUGUUUGUUUUUACUUUUUGGAGGGGACUUGGGAGGGCAUCUGAGAAAUAUAUGCAAUUAGUCAGAAGAGUUGGCUUUGGCUGGUGGUUGUCGCACUGACGUGACAGAAGGGCCUCAGACUGCUGUUGUCACGCCAUCCGUAGGAAGUCUGAGGGAGAAUGGAGACCUCCUCCCAUGUUCAUAAAUUUCUAACUGCCACCCUGCGAAAACCAGGUGAGCUGCCCUUAAACCAGCAUCCAAGGGAGGAACAGCUGGAUCUUCUGUUCCGUUUUUAUUUGUCAUUAAAUUGGAUACAUUUCUAGGGUAUUGCCUCUGCCAAGAGGCAUUUUCAGAGACCUGUAGGUGAGGAAGAAGGGUGAGAAGAGAGGCCAAGAGACACCAGGGCUUAGCAGGGCCCUUCUACCCAAGUGCCCACCCCGUGUUGCUUAAGAAGUGACCUUCUCCCAGAAGGCACUGGUCGGCUUCCCGAGAACUGCAUAGGUAAACCUGUCUGGAGGAAACAGGCUAGAAAUGUUCAAAGUUGUAUUCCCGCUUUGGCACUCCCUGACUGUGCUGCUGGUAGCUCAGGUGAGGUUGGGCGGAGGAGCAUAAGUGAUACACUUGUACAGCUAAUACUGUGACAUCUCAUUUUAGCUAAGCAUCAGAAUGAUUCUUGGAGCCCAGCAUAGUCCUUUUUGCUCCAUUCAGAAAUGUUAGAUUUUUCAGCCAAUCAAUCUCAAAUGCCAGAGGUAUUUUGAAGAAUGCCAUAGUCAUGAAACGCCAUUGAUCGGGUUUUUCAUUAUUACACUACAUCCACCAAUUUAUUACCUUUUUGGCUUGUUGCAAUUUCCUGUUUACAUGUAGAGUGUAGCCAACUGUUUAAAUGUUUAGUUGCCACAGUGUACCAGGAGGAGCUGAGCCAAUGACUCUUUCCCAGCUGAUGACUAACCCACAUCACCACUGUACAUCUUGCUGCAUGUGAGGCUCCUUUUUAUUAUUUUGUUUGCUGCAAUAUAUUACAACUUUUACAGUCCCUUGAGAUGCUGCGAUUGUUUGGCAGCAUGUCACACCAUGCAAGAAGGCACUACUUCUGGAGGCUCCUUGGAGCUGCUGUACUACUGAAAGGAAGCAAAGGUGGUUGUGAAAUCAAUCCGGUGAUAAAGGGUCGGGGAGUCUAAUGACUUUGUGGCAUAGCGUCAUCCCUUAGUGCUGGGAACCGGAGAUACCCCCGUGCUCUUGUGCCAGUGCGUUCUGCGUCAGCCAGCACUGUGGGGUUCGGAGAAGAGCAGGUAGAUGAAGUUUGCUUGAGGCAAAGAUUUCUGUCUUGGGGACUGACCAGCCAGGGUUCUUUGUAAAUGUUUUUCCUUGCACACUAAUCAUCUUGAAGAAAACACUAGCUGCUAACUCUAGGAUUUGCCUUUAAUAUGUUUAUAGGGCUCAAAAGCAAGGUUUUCCGAAUGUGUUUGUCCAUGUGACAUAUUUAUAUAGUAAAUGCUCUAGUCUCGCUGCUGUUUUAGUACUCUCAACACGGCGACGUUCUUUCAUUAGCUAAAUUAACAUCCGCUCCCAGUCCUUAACUCUCUGCCAAUGUCUGGUGAAUCCAAGUGGGAUUUCCAGCGCCUUGGCAUAGCAUAUCACUCUAAUCAAAGAUGGAAACUAUACCAAAAUAUGUUUGAGCAGCCCCUUAGUAAGGAGCUUUGUAGUAUUAACAGUUCAUGGAAGCUUGAGAAUGAGGCAGUGGCCCCAAGGAGGGGGUUGGUUUGGUUGACCCCUGCGGGGCAAGCGAUGACCGUGAAUUGUCUUAUUCCUUCUUCAGCUAUGUUUUUUUUUUUUUUUUAAUGUGGAAUUGAUGUUUGGGGGUCAUUCUUUUGCAUUGCAAUGUUGUUGAAAUGCAGCAAAACUGAUAUAGGAAGGGUACCUAUAUUUUCCUGGGUUCAGAAGGAAAGAAAAAAUGAAAUGAAAAGCCAAAAACCCCAAAUUGUAUUGGAAUUUACAGUGCGAGUGUGGAGGGUGUGCCCAGAGCAUGGUGCUAACACAAUGUUUUGCAGUUCAGCUCCUCAAUCACAAACAGCAGCAGCGACAGCAGGGACAAGCUGUACCUGCGAGUUCAGUGGGUUCAUUCUUUUGCUUCUGUUAUGGUUUGAAUUUGGUCAAAGUCUCUGGCUUAAAUUGAGCUACUUCAACAGAAUUCCCUCAACCCAUCUCUUUGUGUAAUGUCAAGCAUGACUGAAUGCUGAAUCCAAAUGAUGGCUAUCCCAUAUUGGCUUUUUUGUAUUCAAAAAGAAUUGUGUAGUAACCAUUUUUACAUGUAUAUCAUGUGCAGACCUGGACUAUUCCAACAAGUUAAUAUUUUAAUUAAAAUAGUUUGCAAAAACUGAUUCAGAUUAA